AUGUACAAUUUCAAAAUUGCAGACAUUGAUGAAAGUUAUCAACGUGUUCAGAUUGCCAGACAAUAUGCUAGGGAGUCCAGUCUGUGGUGGCAGGCAGCUUCUGCGAUCCCAGAUAAUGGAAGGAGGUCCUGUCUAAAGCUUAAGGUCUUUGUGCGACCAGCAAACAGCUGUAUGAAAACUAUAGGUGUUCAUGAUCGUGUUUUCGAUGUUAACGACAAAGUAGAAAAUUCAUUAGAACCAGCAGAUGAUACUGUACAUGAGUCAGCCGAGCCAUCCCGUGGCGAGAACACAGCACAGACACCAAGGAUACCCAGCCGGCUUUUGGCAACUCUACUAUUCCUCCUGGCAAUGCUUUUGAUAUUAUAG